CCUCCUUUAUCCUCGUCUUCUCCCCUCUUUUAUCCAAGUGUUCGUGGCCCCCACAUUCUCACAGCGACUCAGAGCCGUGGAGCGUCACAUGCCACUAUGAGUGUCCUCCCAUGCAGUUUCCUCUUCCUCCUCCUCCUCUGCCUCCCCGUCCUAACAGAGGCCAAGCGGCAGCCUGGUCAGGGAAAACCCGACAAACCCCGCCAGCCCCCACCGUCACCGCAACCGGCCAAGAGACCUAGAAACCGCUCAGUGCCUGGCUCCGGAGAUCUGACCACGAAGGAGGGCCAUCGCUGCACUUGGCAGACGUCUGGUGAAGGCCUGGUGAGCCUGAUGGUGAACUGUAGCACUGAGACACUGGGAGACCAGCAGAGGUAUUGGUGUCGGUACGCUGGUAAACCAGACCUUUGCCAGGCCUACGGGGUGAAGUCCAGCCAGUACUGGAAGCAGCUGGUGGGGAAGCUGAAGAAGAGGCAGAACGCCUGCGAAGGAGAAAAAGUCCUGAAAGCCAAAACCUGCAAGAAGUCUCCCACCGAGGCCCACAUGAAGCUCGCCCAACGCAGUGGAGAGGAGGAGAGGAAGGGUGGGAAAGAAGGAGGAAAGAAGAAAGGGCCGCCAGCCAGCAAGAGCUCAAACGGAGGAAAGGCAGAACAGAGGAAGAAGAAGGAAGAGGAGGAAGAAGAGGAGAAGAAGAAGAGGGAGGAGAGGACUGGGUUUGAGGAGGAAGGAUUGGUGAACGACAUGGAGCCGGUGCAGACUUACUGCAGCGAGGGAUGGCACUCUGUCUGCUCGUUCUUUGUCAAGUUUUUUGAGGGUUGACAGGAAUCAUGAUGGAAAUGUAAAGCUCAUCUUUGAUACACGAUGGCGCGAGUUCACAAUCUGACAACUACCUAUAUACAGGGUGUCCACAGGGUUCUAAAAAAGUCUGGCCUUAAAUUGUCUUAAAUGUGAUUUUGACAGGUCUUGAUUGAUUGAUUAGUGGAGUUAAAGCUACAGUAGUAACUUUUUGUCAUAUUUGCUGAAUCUUUCACUAUAUCCUGACAGUAGAACACGAGACAGAUAAUCUGUGAAAAAUCAGCUUCCUCUGGCUCUUCCUAGUGCUAAGAAUUGUAAUAGGAAGAAUCCACGGGCCUGAACGAAAACAACCAAUCAGGGCCAAGAAAGAUAUGUCUCAAGUACUACUGUCAGGAUAAAGUAAACGUUACAGCAAAUAUGACAAAAAGUUUAUUUUUGAUGAAAAUUGCCCAUUGCAGCUUUAACGUUACUUGUAUACAGCUGCAUUUUUCAGUCUCGCUUUUAAAUGUUAAGUGCUGAAUAAUAGGUCUUAAAGUGCAUUCAUAGUGGCCGUAAGAAGAUCUUAAAAGGUCUUAGAUGUAACCUGUUGAAACCUGCAGAAACCCUGUAUAUAAAGCUGUUUUUUUAAUCAUACGGGAGGCACCAGGCAGCUCACUAUUAAAAAUAUUUGGGAUUUUAUUAUCAACUUUGAGCUGCACAAAUAUAAAGCAUAUUCCAUUUUCAAAUAUAACUGAAUAUUUGGAGUCAAAGUUUCAGCUACUUUGGUCAUAAAAUGAAAACUUUGCUAACACGAACUUUUGAUAAAUUAUGACCUUUUCACAAAUGGGGCCCCCAACUGCCUGUCACAAUUCAUUAUAAACGUCCCUCCCAGUCAUCACAAACACUGACAAUCUGCUGAUGUAAAAACAGAUGUUGAACAGAUCAAACGCAUUUUAAUGGAGGAAAACGAACCAACCUGAUUUUAUUUGAGUGCAGUUUGUGUUAAUCGAGUGUAUUUAGCUUUGGGGUGUGUUAUGUCAUAUACAGUUUGUUGUAGUUUGUUUUGCUCUCUAGAAAUGUUAAAUCAGAAGAAACUGAAACAUUGUGCUGUAUAAACUGUGUAAGGUUGCAAGUGUCUGACUAACAAAUAAAACUAACGUGGUGGACAACAAUCAAUCAAUGAUCAUCACUAACGAUGUAUUGCUUACUAGCUGAAUCGAUGUGUUUAACCUUAUUUUUGUGACGUGUAACAAAUAUUUUCUAUGAACUGUAGUGUUUUGUAAGAACAAUCUAGUUACUGUUUGUUGUGGUUUGUGGCAGUUAGACCUGUGCAUCAUUUUUUUUAUAUUUUUAAAAUAAGUUUUAACACUGUCUGGAAUUCUACAAUAAAAAUGCUUAAAAUUAAAAGAA